AUGAUUAAUAAGAAAAAUCAGGGUUAUCAUUUGCCUUUGAGUAAAAGUGAUGAUCUAUUGUUUGUACAUGAUAUUGAAUAAGAAAAAUAAUAAAAUCUUCAUGAAUCAUAAUUAAGAAAAAGCAGUUUACAUGACUUUGUACUAUAGAUACCAAAGGAAUAAAAUCAUAAAAGGAACUCACAUAAUUCGAUAACAUUUAAUGAAGAGUAUAAAAAAGUGAAAUUGGUGUAUGUAUUUAUUGUUUAAAUUGCAGUCAUACUAAGAAAAAAAUUCUAACUCAAAUUGCAUAAUAUGGGUAUAAUGUUUAUAUGGCAGAGUACAUAAUUUAGAAGCAGAAAAUUUCAUUGGAAUUAGAUUAUUAAGUUAUAUUGGAUUAAGUAAUUGACAAAAUUCAUCAGUUUGAGGAAUAAUACAAAUCUUAUUCUGGAUUGAAGUUUCACAAAAAAAGUUACAAACAGAUUGUUCCUGUGUUGAUUGAUGAGCAAUAAUAAAUUGACUAAUUUGUAAUAGAGGAGAUAAGAUAAAAACAAGAAAAAGAAUCUAAAGAUUAUAAUGAAAAUUGUGGUAUAUGUUUAGGUGAGUACAUAAAUAAGUAGAAAGCUUUGAACUGUAAACAUGAGUUUUGUUAUGAAUGCUUACAGAAUUAUUUAGACAAUAAAAUUAAGAUAGGGUAGGUGCUGGAAAUUGAAUGUCCUCAAUAAGGAUGUGACAAUUAUUUUAAUGAUGAGGCUAUAAAGAGCUUAGUUAAUGAUGAUUAAUAUCAAAAAUAUGAUAAAUUCAAAAAUUAAAAAUUGUUAGACAGAGAUGAAACAGUUAGGUGGUGUAUUAAACCUGGAUGUGACAAAUAUAUUAAGGGGAAAAGUAUGUUUAGCAAUACUAUACAAUGCGAAUGUGGAUAGGAGAUGUGCUAUGAGUGUAGAAGAGAAGAUCAUCCAGGAAUGACAUGUGAAGUAUAGAUUUUUAUUUAGCUAUAGGAAGCAUUAGACAAAUAUUAUGAAUAAACAUUGAAAUAAUUAGUUAUUCAACGAUGUCCUAAAUGCAAAGCACCUAUUCAAAAGAAAGAAGGAUGCAAUCAUAUGACGUGUUAUCAAUGCCGUUUUUAGUUUUGUUGGUUAUGCAGAGCAAGAUACACAAGAAUGCAUUUUGAUUCAGACAAUUGCUUUGGAUGCCCAGGUAAUAGAGUUAAAGUUAUAGAGAGAUAAGCAAUUUUCUAGUGAUGAACCUUAUUCUCGACCAAGAUGGAAGAAAUACGGAGGAAUCAUUUUCGAAUUAUUUGCGACCUUACUAAUUCUACCCAUAAUUCCAUUCAUUUUAAUUUAUUAUAGCGUGAUGACCCCAUUGAAAUUAGUUAAGCAUUUUAAUCGACUAUAUUACAGACAAAUGGAUGAUGGGGAUAAAAUGUGCUUACUCUUACUUGGAAUAAUGUUUUUCCCUGUAAUCAUGGUGUUCUUGAUCUGUCCAGGACUACUUCUGCUCAUGGCGUAUAAGAUUAAAUAUGAUUGAUUAUAAUUAAAUCGUACUCACAUCAAACAUCGCUUGUUUAGUAUUGAUCUUAUAAUUAUCUAAAGGAAAAUGUUAAAAUUAACAGAAAUUAUGGAUUCGACUUGCAAUUUUUGUGAGUAUCAAUAUGUACAUAAAACACUAAAUUAGGACUUUGCAGUCAUAAUCAAAAAAGCACUCUAUGAAAAGUAUUCGUCUUCGCAGAAUUAUACUUACAUUCGAAUUAUCAACGAUCUAAUAUUUGCUCGUAGAAGUCGAAUCACCAAUACAUUCAAAGACUAUCUCUUUUGGGAUUACCAUGAUGAGUACAUGGAGGACUACUUCCGUUCUCCAAAUGAUUUACUCUACGAUACCAUCAAAUCGAAUGUAUUGGUUGUAACUUAAAAUAGACGAGCAGUCCCAAAAAUUUGUACCCCGCAUAUUUCAUACUCCUAUUGCCAAAACCAUGGAUAAUUACUAUAAUCCCAAAAUUCGAUAAUCUCUAAAAUACUCCAAUGGCAAUUCCAUUAGCGUUUCAAAAAUACUACAAAGCAGUCUUAUCAAAAAGUAACCUAAUCAUAUAUUACUUUAAGACUAUAACAAUAUAGUUCAUAAGGGUCCAUCUUUUAUAUCAAAAAUCAGCUCAAUGAUAUUGUCACCAAUAGUUCAUUAUCUUUUCAAACGAUAAACAAGUAUUUUUCAACUUAAUUAUAGUAAGUAGGAGGUUGGAGUUCAACUAAGAGUAAUUUAUCAGAAAUUCUGUGAUCGCAGACAGGAAAUCAAAAAAUAAAAGUAGAAAAAGAGAAGCUAAGCUCAUUCCAUAGAUAGAGAAACUCAAACUUAAGGAUUUCAAUUCAUACCUAUCAUAUAUCACAAAGACAAACAAUUUCUAUAAAAGAUCAUCAAAUAAUAAAAGGAGAAAGAUUCUACGUAAAUCUAGUUUCAAAAAUUGAACAAACAAAAUAAAGCGUAGAGAUACAGAAAUAGUGUAGAAAUUAAUAAUAACAGAUAUGGUUCUGCAUCUAAAAUCUCUUAGUAAUCAACUGCCAGAGUCUAUGAGUCUAAUGCUUCAAGUAGAUAUAAUUCUACUGCUACAUAACAAAAACUCAUUCGUUCAUAACGUACUAAAUCUUAAACUCAAGAUUCAAAUAACAUUACAAAGGCUUUAGAAAGUUAAUUCAAUAAUUAAGUUGAUGUUAGGUAAACAUUAAAGAAGUUUGAUAGUGGAUCAAAAUAAAAAAAAGUUAAAUGA